AUGAAACCACACAGCAGCUUCAGCUGAGCUGUCAAUCAGCAGCAGCAGUCUUAUCUGUGGGCCGCAGGGGCUGAUGGGAGCUUUGAGGACCUGUUAGAAACCACGUGGCCCUCGUCUGAUCUCACAGCUCGUCCUUGUUUGGCCUCAGCUGCAUCAGAGCGCCACUUCUCCCCAGGUUCACCAGAGGAAACACCACUGCACAAAAUGCUUUUCCUCCCAGCUGCUGCUCUGUGCUGUCUUUGUUCAGCACUGGUUACCAUGGCAGCAGAGGAGCUGAUUCAGGACGAUUUAACAUUGACCAGGAGAGUUGGAGAAAGUGUCUCCUUCAGCUGUGGAGGGACUGAGCAAUGUGAUAGCGGUGUGCCCUUUGUACACUGGCUCCAGAAGAAAGAAGAUGAAACAGUCAAAUUUAUUUUUAUUUUUCAUAAAGAUAACGGUGAAGCUCCACCUGUUUUUGAGAACAGUACUUUCGCAGCUGUAAAAAAAGGGAAAGGCUGGGAGUUAGAGAUUAAGAAACUGAAACCUGAUCAUUCAGCCACCUACUACUGCUCCUGUUACAAAAAUGUAUAUUUUUUUGUAGGAAUGGGGUCUAAAAGACACGUUGAUGAUGAGCAGGUAGUGAAGCCCGUGGUGAGCGUGUACCCAGCAGCAUCCAGAGCCCACCUGGAGGGGAACAGCUCCCUGCUGUGUGUGGCCUCAGCCAUGUUUCCUCCUCUGGUCCAGUUCUCCUGGAAAAGACAGAAGAAGAACGGCGGAGAACCGGAGGAGCUGCCCCCUGCUGAGGGAGAGCAGCUGGAGCUCAGAGAGUCGGGACACAGCGCCUCCAUCUUACUGAUCCAUCAGCAAGAAACCAACACAUAUAAAUACAACUGUUGGGUGAAGCACGAGGGGGGCACAGUGGAGGCCCAAACACAACAAGAGGUUCCAGCUCCAGCAGCCUCCUGUCCUCCAGAGAGAGAGCCAGCAGACCUGCCAGCUCUGCAGCCAGCUGACUUGUCCUUCCAGUCUCAGUGCAGGGUGAAGCUGCUCUGCCUGCUGUACACAGUGCUGAUAGUGAAGAGUCUGGUGUACUGCUGUGGACUCUCGCUGCUGAUGAUCCUCACAAACAAGGGAGCGUCCACCAACUGCACACAUGCUGACUGACUGUUUUCUGCUCGCCUUUUCUCACCAUCAGAUCUCAUCAAUUCAUCUCAUUCAUCACUUUGAUCAGUAUCACAAAUGUUAGUUAUGAUGUGUUGUGCUUAUUUUGGCUUUUUAUUCAAUAGUUAGAAGAUCAUCUGAAAUAAAUACAUCUUUACAUGUAUUGUUACUCUGAGUUAGAAUUCUUUUUGUACUUAUUGUGACUUUUAUUGUAGUAACAAAAAUCAUCAGGUAUAUUUUUAUCACAAGUUUUCUGUUUGAUUUGUUUUUAUUUUGGUUGAUUUUCAAAUGUCAAACAGUGUAGUUGUGUUUGUAAGUGUGAAUAAUAAAGAUUUCAAGAUGAAGAA